AUGUUCCUUAAAAUAUCAUUGACAUUUCUUGCAUUGAUAGCUGUUGUAUUCUGUCAAACGGACGAUGAAGAAUCAUUUUUAUUUGUUACCAAGCAAACACUCAAUCGUUUUAUUGUACAGAAUAAGGAAUUAACUAUCAAAUAUGAUUUAUACAAUUCUGGCCCGACAACCGUUUUCAAUGUCAAUCUAAAUGAUGUUCGUAGUUUUCCAGCAGACAAAUUUGAAUUGUUUGUUGGUGUACUCAAUCCAAAAUGGGAACGAAUUCUUCCAGGAGCAAACGUAACUCAUGUUGUUAUUCUUAAACCAAAGGAAAGCGGUUUUAAUAAUAGUUCACAUGCUAUUAUUACCUAUCAAAAGAGUGAAAAGAAUGCGGUUAUUCAAAAAACUUAUUCAUCUGAAUUCGGUAAUGUUUACAUAAUGACAAAUCGUGAAUAUGAUCGACGAUUUUCAUCACAUAUUAUUGAUUGGAUACUUUUUACAGCAAUGGCAAGCCCAUGUAUUGCUUUUCCAUUUUUUCUUUGGUUCAAAAAUUUUAAAAUGUUAAAGCGCUCAGAAAAAUUAUGGAUGGGCAGUGCUUUGUUUUUUGCUAUAUUCUCAUUGGUUUGUGAUUUAAUUGGUUUUUCAACACCAUAUUGGUUACAAGCAUGGCCUCGUGUCGGUGAUACAACAUUCCGUAAAUUAGGACUUUGGCAAGUAUGUAUUGCUGGUUUUCGUAAUCCAAAACAUUAUUGGGGAAAAGUUUAUUAUGGUUGUUGGUGGUUAUAUGCACGUGAAUAUAGGGGAUUACGAGAAGAUGGAAUAUUGACACCUGCAUGGUUUACUGCUGUUCAAACAUUUGCAUGUUUUGGUUUGAUAUUCAGUAUACUCAGUUGUAUUGCAUUGAUUGUUGUUGCCAUUACACGGUAUCGUUUAUCGCGUCGGUCAAUAUUGAUUGGUUGUAUUUUAGCUGCAUGUGCUUGGUUUUGCAAUUUGCUUGCUGUUCUUAUAUUUGGCAUCUAUGCCGAUGCUAUUCCUGGCAAAUGGAUGCCUCGAGCUGAUUAUACAUUUUUAUCAUGGUCAUAUCAUUUUAUUGUUGCUUCAAUGGUAUCAUCAUUUUUAGCUGUUAGCUUUGCUUUAUGUGAAAUCUAUUUUAUAACUGAAGAUAAAAAGAAUAAUCGUGAAAGAACAUUCAUUCGACAUGUUGGCAAUCCAAAUCAACCAUUCGUUCGUCACGUUGAAAAAGAUGAACCACCAUUUGUACGUAAAACAUCGAACGGUGAUCAACCAUUCAUACGUAAAAAUGACAAUGAAAGUGAAAAUGCUUUUAUACGUAAAGCUGACAAUGAUAAUGAACGUGCAUUUAUACGUCGUACAGAUGGUGAAGAAGCGUUCAUACGCCGAGCUGAUACGGAAGAAGCUUUCAUACGACGUUCUAAUGAUAAUAAAAAUCAAGGAAAUAAUUAUAUAGUUUGA